UCCGCCAUCUUUUUGUUCUAUUCUUGAAAGUGGGAAUAACAUCCACAAAACGCAAGGUGGCGCUGCAGGCUUAAAAAGAGGGGGAAAUAUUCGCACAAAGGAUGUUAGACUCCAGUUUUCAGAGGAAAGCUGGCCAGACAAGAAAAGUAGAAGAAAGGAAACCGUGGUGUUGGAGUUGGGGAAAAGUAGGACCCCUCCCCACAAACAUACCAACUCAUUUCUAAGGAUUCGGUUUCUGCCAUUUCUGAGAACUGCUUGAGGCCGAGUGAACGUGGUUUUGAAAGAUUGUUUAAACGAAGAAUGGAGGCCAGAGUGAUGCCUGAAGUGCAGAAAAGGCAAGUGUUUUUUCUUUGUGUAUUUCUGGGAAUGUCUUGGGCUGGCACAGAACCGCUUCGGUAUUUUGUGGCGGAGGAAACGGAGAGAGAGACCUUUCUGGCCAACCUAGCAAAUGAUCUGGGGUUGGGGGUGGGGGAACUGUCAGCUCGGGGAUCUAGAGUCAUUUCAGAUGAGAACAUACGAUUUUUACUAUUCAAGCCGCUUACUGGUGAUUUACUUCUAAAUGAGAAAUUAGACCGAGAGGAACUGUGUGGGCCCAGAGAGCCGUGUGUGCUACCUUUCCAGUUGUUACUUGAAAAGCCUUUUCAGAUUUUCCAUGCUGAACUAUGGGUCAGAGACAUCAACGAUCAUUCUCCAGUAUUUCUAGAUAGAGAGACUACCUUGAAAAUAUUAGAAAGUACCACUCCAGGGGCAACAUUUCUCCUAGAAAGUGCACAGGAUUCAGAUGUUGGAAUCAACAACCUGAGAAACUACACCAUCAGCUCCAAUGCCUAUUUCCAUAUUAAUGUCCGUGAUAGUGGGGAGGGGAAUGUUUAUCCUGAAUUGGUCCUGGAUGCAGUGCUGGAUCGUGAAAAGGUUUCUGAGCUCAAUUUAACCCUCACAGCCUUGGAUGGCGGGUCUCCGCCCAGAUCCGGGACUGCCCUCAUACGCAUCCUGGUUUUGGACAUAAAUGAUAACAUCCCUGAAUUUGUACAGUCCCUCUACAAGGUGCAGGUGCCUGAAGACAGCCCUGUUGGCUCCCUGGUUGUCGCUGUGUCAGCUAGAGAUUUAGAUACCGGAACUAAUGGAGAAAUAGUCUAUGCAUUUUUUUAUGCCACUGAAGUAAUUCUCAAAACAUUUCGAAUCAAUUCAACAUCUGGCAAGCUUUAUCUUAAAGCCGAAUUGAACUACGAAGCAAUACAAACUUAUACAUUAACUAUUCAGGCCAAAGAUGGCGGAGGGCUUUCUGGAAAAUGUACAGUGGUGGUCCAUGUAACAGAUAUAAAUGAUAAUCCACCGGAACUGCUUAUGUCAUCACUUACUAGCCCAAUUGCAGAAAACUCACCUGAGACAGUAGUAGCUGUUUUUAGGAUUAGAGACAGAGAUUCAGGGAACAAUGCAAAGAUGGUGUGCUCCAUCCAAGACCAUCUCCCCUUCGUCCUGAAGCCUUCAGUACAGAAUUUCUACACCCUGGUAACAGAGAGACCCCUGGACAGAGAGAGCCAGGCCGAGUACAACAUCACCAUCACCGUCACCGACUUGGGGACCCCCAGGCUGAAAACGCAGCACAACAUAACCGUGACGGUCUCCGACGUCAACGACAACGCCCCCGCCUUCAGCCAAACCACCUACACCCUGCGCGUCCGCGAAAACAACAGCCCCGCCCUGCACAUCGGCAGCGUGAGCGCCACGGACAGGGACUCGGGCGCCAACGCCCAGGUCACCUACUCGCUGCUGCCGCCCGCGGACCCGCAGCUGCCCCUGGCCUCCCUGGUGUCCAUCAACGCGGACAACGGGCAGCUGUUCGCGCUCAGGUCCCUGGAUUACGAGGCGCUGCAGGCGUUCGAGUUCGGCGUGCGCGCGGCCGACCGCGGCUCGCCCGCGCUCAGCAGCCAGGCGCGGGUGCGCGUGCUGGUGCUGGACGACAACGACAACGCGCCCUUCGUGCUGUACCCGCCGCAGAACGGCUCUGCGCCCUGCACCGAGCUGGUGCCCAGGGCGGCCGAGGCGGGCUACCUGGUGACCAAGGUGGUGGCGGUGGACGGCGACUCGGGCCAGAACGCCUGGCUGUCGUACCAGCUGCUCAAGGCCACGGAGCCCGGGCUGUUCGGCGUGUGGGCGCACAACGGCGAGGUGCGCACGGCCCGGCUGCUGAGCGAGCGCGACGCCGUCAAGCACAGGCUGGUGGUGCUGGUCAGGGACAAUGGCGAGCCGCCGCGCUCGGCCAGCGUCACGCUGCACGUGCUGCUGGUGGACGGCUUCUCGCAGCCCUACCUGCCGCUCCCGGAGGUGGCGGCGGCCGAGGCGCGGGCCGACCCGCUCACCGUCUACUUGGUCGUCGCCUUGGCGUCCGUGUCGUCGCUCUUCCUGUUCUCGGUGCUGGUGUUCGUGGCGGUGCGGCUGUGCAGGCGGAGCCGGGCGGCGUCUGCGGGUCGCUGCUCGGGGCCUGAGGGCCACUUUCCGGGCCACCUGGUGGACGUCAGCGGCGCGGGGACGCUGUCCCAGAGCUACCAGUAUGAGGUGUGUCUGCGGGGAGGUUCGGGGACCAGCGAGUUCAAGUUCCUCAAGCCCAUUAUCCCUAAUCUGCAGUUUCAAAGUACAAGAAAGGAAGUGGAAGGAUAUCCCUCAUUUCAGAAUGAUUUGGGUUUCUGAUAAGGGAUGGAACAUAAAUGUCCAUAUUGUGUCUGUAAAUAUUUUUCUAUUAUGAAAUUCGUCCUGAGUUACCUGUAGAGGAGUGCUUUAAUAUUAUUUAAAGUCAGGGUAAAUUUCUUUACAGAGAAACGGAUCCAGCUUUAGCCCUAGGAAACUUCCACAAAGCAUGUAAUGUAUAUGUGUUAUAUUUUAUCUCAAACAAUUGUGCAUUUUUUGCAGCCUAUUACGUGAUUAAUCUUGUUUAUGAUGUUUUAAGUUGAUUUUGUCUUUACAAUUUUGCUACUCUUAUUUUCUGAGUUGGAGUGUUGUAGUAUACCUACUCUUAGUUUUAGAAGUAUAGAUAGUAUCUUUUAAAGCUUUUUAAAAAACGCUUACUAUGCAUCAUACACAAUUUUAACACUUUUAAUAUUAGAAGUAAAUCUGUAAGGUGUUUUAGAAAUGAGCAAAUAGAUAUUCAUAGAGGCCCAGCGAGUUCACUAGGGUCAGCAACUAAUAAACGGUAGAGCUGAGCAUCUCUCCUAGAUGUGUCUGACUCUGGGAUCUUGCUAUGAUGCUAUACUGCUUUCUGUCAUUAGAUAUCACCUGGCAAGUUUCUCCUAAUUAAGGAGAAGAAUCUUCUCAGGUUAGUAUUCCUGUUGAGUGUUUUCUACGUUUGGAGAUAAUGUGUGUAGUGGUCUGUGGUUAUAUGUUCUCACAUACCAAUAAGCCAGCUUUUCUGGAUCAAUUAUUCAACUAUUAUUAUUAGAGCUGUGAUCUGACCAAAGCUUAAGUUAAAAAAUAUUGAAGGAUCCAUUUGUGCUUUCUCCUUGUUAUCUGAACAUAUGACCUUCAUAUCACAGAAAACUUAAUGACCCUGAAUAGAAAUAAUACAUCAGUUUGAUUGCUUCAUUAGUUUAUUUUUCCUCACAUUGCAAUAACU